AAAUAGGUUCAAGGUACAGUACCUUGAUGACCAGAGAGCACAUUUGCUGUUUGACAAUUUUGUGAAUUUGUAAACGUCUUCAGUCGCAAUUUGUGAAGUAAAUCUGCAACAGAGUGCAUUUGGUCGUCGAGAGACGUUUGUGCGUCGCUGUCAUUACAGAGCAAACGCUACAACAGGAAAAACACAACAACACAGUCGGUGAGUACAACUUUACCACAGAUAGAACAAUGAGACAGAUGUUUUACCGGAUGUACAAAUCUGAAGCAUCCGGUUGGCGUUUCCACUCAACACCAAAUGUGGUGAUGAGAGGAAGCCCAGUGGCCGGCAGUGGGAGAAGAUGGGAGCGAGAUGGAUUUUGGCCGACAUUCUGCUCAUUUUCUCAUCGAUUAAACGUUUGAUUUCAAUACAGAUUUCUGUUCUCAAAACUAAAAUAUGUUGCGAACAUAGUGGACUAAGUUUAGUAGACUUUACUUUUUGCGAAAGUAAAAAAAGAAGAAGGUAUUUUAGUAGUGCAAGGGCGAAUUGAGCUAUUGCACACGAGCACUUAACAGACAAACGUUCCCUAACGGAAAUAUGCAAAUACAUACUAGAACGCGCCAAUAGGAUCUCGUUAGCUCGUGCUUGGCUCUGCCCAUCUCCUUGCUUGUUCUGCCCACUAUGAUUCAUUUGCUCCCAUUGGAAACGACUGGCUGUGGGUUAUCUUUGGGUUAUACAAAUAUCUUUCACUUUACUUCGUCAACUUAACAUUCUUCCAUGCAUUUCCACUGCAGUCUGCAAUGCACCAAAUGUCCCAGUGAUUGCUACAUAGGACAUUGCACAAAGUGUGCCUUAAAAGUGUAAUGAAUUCAUAUUUUUGUUCCAGCCAGGCUCCUUUGGAACAUCAGUAUGGCAGAGCCACAGAGGGUGGGAGAUGUGCCUGAGGAUGUAGACACAGAUGACUGCAUGACUUCAUACACUCACAUUUACAGUCCAGAUUUACUCAAGUAAGUGGAAAUGCAACCUUAACGUACCAACUGUACUUGAGCUGUGCAUUGUCACUUGGAACAAAAGUAGUCCCGUGUAGCUCAGUUGGUAGAGCAUGGCACUUGCAACGCCAGGGUUGUGGGUUCGAUUCCCACAGGGGACCAGUAUUAAAAAAUAAAACAUGUAUGCACUCACUAACUGUAAGUCACUCUGGAUAAGAGCGUCUGCUAAAUGACUAUAAUGUAUAAUGUAACAAAAGCAAUGGCCAGUAGAUUUUAUAAGUAAAUGUUACUACCAUUAGUGAUGUAAUAGGAAAAGAUGACAGACAUAGGGCCCUCUGUAUAAUACCGGUACUGUACAUAAUUUUGUAACAAUAUAUUUUCACAGAGACCAAGUGGCGUUCAUAACUGGAGGGGGAUCUGGAAUUGGACUACGCAUAGCUGAAGUGCUCAUGAGGUGCUGUACCUGGUGUCUCUGACGUACUCCUCCAUGCUCCCUGAGACUGUACUUUAACCCUCUGAUUGUGUUAUCACGGCCUGUGUCUGCCUAUCUUCUCUCACCUCUUACCUAUAGAGCAUGUCACUCUUCACCUAAGACGUUGAAUGAUGCCUGUCACCUUUGGCUUCUUGGUACAUCACAUGAUCUCAGCCUUAACCUUGCACCUUUCACUUGACAUGUCCAUACAUCCCUCACCCCUCAUCUAUCACAUUCCCAUGGCAUUGUACUUUGCCUACACCAGGGACUGCUUACGUUAUGCCACUGUGUUCUACCUAUAGCUUACCUGUGUCAUCCGCAACCUACCAUUAGAGACAACUCAAACCUUAUGCAGCAUGUCAUCACACACAGAACAUCUUGCCCCUCACCCCUAACCUCUCACCUUUCGUGUCUUUCAGGCACGGCUGUGACACAGUGAUUGCCAGCAGAAACUUUGAAAAGCUCACAGAGGUCACUACCCUUAUAUCUUGUAAACAAGUAGACCAAACAAAAAACUAUGUUGAUUUAAUGAAUAAACUUUUAAUAAAUGUUGAUUUAUCAUGCUGAUGUAUAUAGUCUGUGUUUUCUUCCAGGCUGCUAAGAAGCUGACGGCAGCGACGGGACGCCACUGUCUCCCUCUGACCAUUGACGUGCGACAGCCCCAGACUAUCUCCGCUGCAGUGGACGAGACGCUGAAAGAGCUGGGCAGGAUUGAUAUCCUCAUUAAUAGUAUGUAGAAUACACACGUGUGCACAGACAGACGUGCAUGCACCCACCCACACACACAAAUUAAAUUGGAUCUGCUGUGAAAUUGUGUGCGAAAUUGAUUGUGAAGCCAUGAUGGGGUGAAAGCAGUGUCAUUUUGUUUUAAUUAUUGCAUUUUCUCAAGCUAUAUCUAUCUCUCUUUAUCAACUGUUCUGGCUUUUAUCAUUUUUGUUACCCUUGAUAAAUAAUAAUUUUAAAAAACGGCCCUUCCUUAUACAACUAAAUAACUUGAUUUGCAUUUCACGAUAUUUCAAUCUGUCUCUCUUUAUCUGAACUUCCUCUCCAUUUGUACAUUUUCAUUUUAAUACCCAAUUUCUAAUUGAAACGUGUUAACGUUGGUUGUUUGAAAUAUGUAAGGAACUGUGUAGCAAUCUAUUUUAUUUUAUAGAUGCUGCUGGAAACUUCCUGUGCCCUGCUACCUCCCUCUCAUUCAAUGCCUUCAAGACAGUCUUGGAGAUAGACACCAUGGGUACAUUUAACACCAGCAAGGUGGUCUAUGAGAAGUGGUUCAAGGUACAGCACACUUUCAGUAUGCACUGAGAUUUUUCAAUCAAUUUCCUUCAAUCUAACUAUCUACCUUUUGCGUGACUUGCAUGGAUAUUCCUGUUUGGUUUUCAUUGUUGUGCUAUUACCUCAGAUAGUCAUACUUCAGUUAAAAUGUAUGGAUAGACUUGAUCAUGUCUGAUGUUUGUGUUCAGGACCACGGGGGUGCCAUUGUAAACAUCUCUGCCACCCUCGGCUACAGGGGUCAGGCUCUCCAGGUGCAUGCUGGCUCUGCCAAGGCUGCCAAUGGUAAGAAACGUUACAGUGUUAUAACUAUAUGAUUGUUACUAUAUUGUUAUGUUUUUAUUUGGUUGUAUGUAUUUGGUAGAAAUGGCUGUAGUCUUUAGGUGAUUCAGCACUAUUUCUCAGAUAUAACAGCAAGCCCACUAACAACUUCCCCCCUCUUUAUUCAUCCCACUACCCUUUUUCUGUUCACAUCUCUCUCCCCCAGAUGCCAUGACCAAGCACCUGGCCGUUGAGUGGGGACCAAGUGGGGUAAGGGUUAACACCCUGGCACCAGGUCCUAUUUCGGGGACAGAGGGCUUCCGUAGGCUGGGUAAGGAUCUGUGGCUGCCUGGCUGGGAUUUGAUAAACGCGUUUGAUUGAUUAAGCCAUGUGCCAAACUCACACAUGGCCACGCAUACUUUUUAGUGAUAAAUCUUGCCACUCUUUUCUACCUUUUAAUGAAGUAGGUUUUAGUAUUCACUUGAUUAAGUAGAUCUGGGUAAUGAAGUGUUAUUUCUAUGCUAGUGAGGUCAAAGUUAUCAAGAGCAGAGCCUUAGGAGAGGUAAACUAAAUGAAGUCCUCUUCAGUCUCAUUUCUCUUUGCACCCCCCCCCCUCUCUCUCUUGUCUUCAGGUGGCAACAGAGCAGACAGCAUGGGCGCCUUCUCAUCCAUUCCACUGCAGCGGGCAGGCAACAAGACUGAGAUGGCCCACAGCGUGCUGUUCCUGGCCAGCCGCGCCUCCUCCUAUGUGACGGGCCACAUCAUGGUGGCUGACGGCGGGAGCUGGCUCACCUCAGCCAAUGACGUGUCCAUGCUGCUCGGUAUAGCUUCCUCUCAAUCUGCUAAACUCUGACACGCCCUCCCCCCGUCCCAGGUGUGUAGGACAGGAAAGGAGGUGGAGCUGUAGGUCUAGGAGAGGAGAACGUUGUGAAGUGUGUUGUGGAUAAGUAGAGUGCAUUUAUCUUUAAUCUAAAUAUUUUUCUGGAGUAGUGGCAUAGAUAUAGGGGUGGUGUUUUGCCCUGAGUUGGACAACUGAUUGCUUAAUUUGUCUGGCUUGUGUUCCAUUUUAGUCUGUGGCCUUUUGCCUAAGGACACUUUAGAUAGAGAAGCAUUGACUUAUUAUUUGAUAUGCAGAUACUGUCUUCAAAUUAAAUAGUGUUUAUUUUGCUUUCAGGCUAUUGGUCAGCUGAACUGAAGAGAGACAAGUAGAUGGUGAAGAUGAAGUGGCAGAUUUGGAAUAAUCUGCUAAAUCAAUGGAUUUGCCAUGUAAGAUCUUUGAGACUGGAAAGCUAGCAUAGCUGAUAGUGGUUAAGUGGACAAUAGGAGGUAAACACAAAAAUAUUGACUGAAAAAUAUUGACCUAAAAAUACAUGUUGAAAACAGGAUAGAUGGGCCAAAUCAUGUUUCAAGUGUUGGAUAAUUUGAAUUAAUCCACAACAUUUUUUAUAUUCUAAUUACUAACUACUUUCAAUAACUACUUUGGAUUAAGAAAAUAUGUUGAUGAAUGUGAUUAGUAAAGUCGCCUUCUGUAGUUGUUGAAUUAUGUAGGCUAGUUGUUGAAAUUACAUUGUAAAGCACUUACAAUUUCCAUAAACAAUGUCCAGAACUUUUCCUAAUAAACCUUGACAUAAUGACAUUUAAAAA